AUGUUGGUCUACAUGUCCCAGUACGUCGAAGAGCGCUCGGCUUCUCCUGCUCCGAUCCCCACAAGAUCUCCUGUUGCCAGGCCACCACCGCCCAAAUCCAAAAAGGGCAAGAUCAACUUUGUCUCCAAAGCCAGCCUCGCCAUCUUUGAUCCGCGCCACGCCAUGGGCAUCGACACCGGCAGAGACUGGUACGAGGCCGACUACCACACCCCCGAGUCGCGCUCGUCCUUUGAUCAUGCUUCGCGCUGCGCCGGUCGCUACAGCGAAGGUCGCGAACGAUCCCACAAGUGGACUGCCAGCCCGACACCUGAGCUCGAAGCCUUCACCACCUCCAUGGAAGACUAUGCGCAAGGCCCCUCCGAUGUCGCCGCCUCGCUCGAGAUGACGCGCCAGCCCUCGGCAUCCUCGUCCGUCUUUGAGGACGACCGCGACGCGCCAGAGAUGCCCGCACGACGUCGCUUCUAUUCGCGCAAGAGCGUUGCCGCGUCCGCUUCCAACACUCCCACCUCGGCCACCUUCCCUUCCGACGACCUUCUCUUCUCGCCCCUCGGCACCAAGCCCAAGUCUUCGCGCAGCGCUGGCGCUGGCGCCAACGCUGGCUCGUCAUCCUCUUCCCUCGCACGCUUCUUCACCCGCAAGAAGAAGGACAAGGCUCCCCACCUUUCCGGUCUCGCCUCCAGAUCCACGCCCGACCUCUUCGACGGCGUGCCGCAGAGCGCUCCACCCACCACGCUCACUUUCGAACAGUCGGGCUUCCACUUUUCGCCUCAGCGCAAAGGCUCGUCCGGCUCGAGCCUGCACGAGUCGCCCUCCUCGCUGCCUACCAGCCCAGAGCGCGCUCCUCUCCGUAUGGUCCAGGACUUCAGCCCGUCGCGCACCUCACCCCUCAGCACCAAGAAGAGCAUGCCUGCCCUGCGUCAGAUCCGCGAGGCUCAGAGUGGCGCUGGCACCGCCAACAGCCGAUCCAUCACAUUUGCCACCCCCGAGGAACGUCCGCGUCCCAGGCAGUCGAACGCCACCGCCAGGUCCGACCUGUUCGACGCUGCCCCCGCACUGCCCCCGCUGCCGAGCUUCGACUCUUCCUCACCCAUGAUCCCGCUCGAGUUUGCCUGGGAUGCCAAGCGACGCACCGCGCGCGAAAGCCAGAUGCCCAUGCUCGGCGCAAACCGUCCCGUCAGCCGUGUGGUAUCGAGCACCGGUCGCGGUGUACCCAGUCCUGGUCUCAACCCCAUCCGCCUCAACGACCUGCGCAAGUCGACCAUCACGCUGCGCAACGAGCCCGUGCUCCGAUCCAGCGACGAGGGCAGGUCGCCAACGGGCAAGUCGGCUGGUCUUGGCAAGCGCAGCGUCAAUGCGGCGAGCGCAAAGCGUCUGUCCAUGACGCAGAGGGUGGUGGAUGGCUUGCUCGACCAGAACCGCGGCCGCGAGGAGCCCGAGAUGCGCGCGCGCCGGUCCGACAUGGAGGUGCGCUCGGCGCGCCGUCGCAGCCGCAGCGCAGACGGCCGCACCGUGCCCGCGCUCAAGCUGCACGACUACGCCAGCCCGCCCAGCUCCAACAGUCACUCGGAUUCGGUCUUCCCGGCCUUCGUUCGCCAUGCUCCCGUCGCUGCCGAUCGCGCCAACAGCCCACAGCCUCGCUUCUUUGCCGACCAGAGUACAGCCGCGACCACGCCGACGCCACAGCAGCCAGCGGCCUUUGCACCAGCGUCACCCGUAUCGCCUGCUAGUCCAGCGCGUCGCACCGCUACACACAGCCAGUCGCCGAGCAGGAGUCCGCAACGACCGCCGGCGGCCGUCGAGACGCACCAGGCAAGGCGCGUCAACUUUGCGGGUCAGCGCGCCAAGGCCGUUGCCGUGGCAAGCCCGCUGCUGCUCUCGAGGAGUCCGCUCAUGGCGGGCCGAAGCGGCACCCCGCUGCCGGUCGUCAACAUCAUGCCGCCCACUCCGGAUCUGGCUGCCACUUCAGAGGACCACGAGCGCCAGGAGGAAGCCUUGCAACGAUACGAGACCGUCGUGGCUCGGCAGAAGCCCGUCGAGUCGACGCAGGUGCCCACGCCCGCUGUCAAAGCUCCGGCCGCAAGCGAGCAGCGAUCGUUGCCGUCUCGAAGCGAUGCCGCGACGCCUACGCCCAAGUCGGCUCCGGUUGCUGCGGCACCUGUGCAGCCCACCAAGGUGGCUCAGGCGGCGCCAGCAAGCCCCGAGAGCGUCUAUUCGCCCGCAUCGGUGUACUCGCCCGAAGAGAACCAGAGCCCCUUCGCACCACUGUUCGCGGGACUGCUUGCCAACGACGAGGCCGUGUCCAAGGAGCACGUCGCGAUCACUGCCGACUCGGUGGCGGCCGAGCUGAGCUACGCGGGUGUGCCGCGCACCGAGAGCGUGACGAGCCAGCUCUCGGAGGCGGACAGCCACCGCAGCAGCUCUUCGGGCGCGUUCGCCUUCUCGCGCAGCAUGUCCAGCUCGUCGUUUGCGAGCGGCGGCACGUUUAGCUCGGCGUCGAGCAAUGCAUCCGAAAGCCCCGAGCGCAGGAUGAACUACCUGCCGAGCAGCACGACGUUCGAGUUUUCGCCCACCAAGAUGACCAGCAGCACCUCGGUGGCGUCCACGGCGGGCACGAGCAUCUUUGAGCUCGAGGCUGAGCUGCGUAGUAGCGUGGCGAGCAAGGGCACUGGUAUUGACGCUCUCGACUCGUCCGAUGUGUUUGGGUCGUCGGAGCUCAAGAAGGCGUUCCAGCUCAAGGGAGCGAGUGCACCGGCCAACGCUCCGGACUCGAGCGACUGCGACACGCCCACGCUCGCCUCGGUUCGCCAGAUGGGUGCCAGCGUCACGCCCGCCACGGCGGCAAGGAGCGAGGACAAGUCCGUGGGCAGACAGCUUGGUCUCAGCAUGGAUCUGAGCGAGCUCGCUCAGGAGCUGGGGCUGGGUCGUCUGAGCCAGAUCGGUCUUGCGCAUCUCAAAGGCGUCGAAUCGCUCGCGGAGAAGCCUGCGACAACCGCAGCCGCUGGCAAGAAGGCUCAGCCGGUGAAGCCGCCCAAGUCGUCGGCGCGCGGCGCAGCCGGCACUCUAUCGCGCUUCGGGAUGGGGAUGAACGACAUUGCGUCGUCGGCAGCCAUGUCGCCGUUGCCCGUGUCGAUCGCAGGUCGAUCGCCACAGACGCCGCCGCGCACGCGCAUCCCCCUCUCAGACCCCCAAUCGGGGCCCAAGGUGUCUGCCUCGGGCGUGCCCAAGGCCGAGGGCGGCUUCGGGCUCGGCCUCAACUUUGUCGAGUCGCCCUCGCCGCAGUCGCAGCCACGCAAGGCCGCCAUCGCGCCCGGCAGCUACGGCAAAACGCUUCUGGAUCGAGCCCAGGCCGCGCCGGCACAGAUCGACACCCAGCUCGGGAUGCAAGCGCACCACGGCGUGUACGAACAAGAAGAGCCGGAGUGGGUCGGCGUCGCCAUGUAA